UUUUUUCUUCUGUUGAAGAGAGCUUCAGCUGUAUCUCUCAUUCUAAAUGCUAUGCGAAAAAAUUGUCUUAGCUUUAGUUUUAAUUUAGCCAUAUAAACGAAAAGAGGCAAGGGUUAUUGUACGAAAUUCUGAAAAUCAAAAUUGAAAAAUGAUUGAAGUACAAAAAAUUGUAAUCGCAAUUUCCUACCUCCUGCUUCUGCAAAAAAUUUACAACGUUUCAUCUAUGAUGGAUGAGACGGAAUUCGCGGCAUAUAAUUCACAUAUAGAAAAUGAUUAUCAUGAAGAUGAAGACCUGGACGAUCAAGACUCCUAUAAGUUUGAAAGAUUGGAGAGAAGGGCUUUGUAUAUGGUACCCAAUGAGAAUCAAUGGCGGGAUGGUAGUCCAAUUGACCCGCCACUGACCAAGGAGGAGUGUGGCACCCACGGGGAUCAUAUGCAGUUGAUAUAUGUACCGACCGAAGCUGUGGACAAGUAUUCCUGGGUCAUUAAAAUGACCGAAGACAAGUCCCAACGUGUUACACCCAUUAAGGUUUGCUGCCCCGGCUAUGGCCUGCUACGUUGGCGAGGAGAACGCCGUUGCAUUCCCGUCUGUGAGAAAUGUCGCAAUGGCCAAUGUGUGGCGCCCAACGUGUGUGAGUGCUAUGACGAAUAUGUGCGCAACGACAGCGGAGAUUGUGUUUUCAUUUGCCCUUUGGGAUGUCUGAAUGGCCGGUGCUAUUUAGAUGGCAGUUGUGAAUGUGAACCAGGUUAUAAGCUGGACGAAACACGUGUUUAUUGCCGUCCAAUUUGUAGCAAAGGCUGCGGUACAGACCCAUUACACAAUUGUACCGCUCCUGAGGUGUGUGGCUGUAUUGAGGGCUUCACGCUGACAGAUGGUGGUUGUAAGCCGGUGUGUGAGCCCGAAUGCGGGCCGGGCGGUGAGUGCCAGGCUUUUGGUGUAACACGCAUGUGUGUGUGCAAUCCCGGCUAUAGGCUGCAGGAUGGGGUUUGCCAAUCGGAUUGUUAUCAGUCAUGUGCCAAUGGCAUUUGUUACAACCGCAAUAGAUGUAUCUGUAAGCCUGGCUUUGUGUAUCACGAACGUACAAAAAAUUGUAUACCCCAGUGAAAAGAAAAAGUGAUUCUGCAGAGAUAUGUUUCACAGAAGUGGGACAUAAUUAUGAAUUUCGUAGUUUAGGUAAAAUUUUUUAAGAACUUCAAAUUUAGUGGAAAUAAAAAACAAGGAAAUAUAUUAUUUUUUAAAAAA